AUGAGGGAGAUACCUCCAAUUGCCAUUGCUUUUGGAGAUUAUUCCACUUGCAACUUGUCAGAUCCAGAAUGCACACGUAUCUCUAACAUGCUUGAAAAUCAAGCUUCGUCUCAAUAUCCAGACGUAGCACUACAACAACAACUGAACGCUGUCCGUGGCUUACUAAAUCAGGUUGAUGUGAGUUAUGUGAGAUUUAAAAACCCAUCAGCAGCAUCUUCGCAACCAUCAUUCGAAUAUGCAUUCACUCCACAACCAUCGAUUCCACAAAAAAGAUCAUUUAAGCAAGUUAUGGAAAUAACACCUCAAGAUGCAAGAGAAAAUGCAUCAAUGCAUGCCGAAUUUCAUCAAAAUACCUAUCAAGCAUCAACCUUGGGCCCUCAAUUACAAUCAGAUAGAUUUCAGGGUUCUGUAUCGGAAUCCCUUAUUAAUAACAGCAUACCUCAAACUGCAUAUAUUCAAGACGCAUAUAAAAAACCAUGCAUUUUAUCCAAUUCAGAUAGUUCUUUUAAUAUGAAAUGUGAUUAUACAAAAGAACAGCAGAAUGAAUCCCAACAAAUUAUUUAUAACAAUUCUGAACCACUCUUUAUAAGUGAUAAUCAGGCACUUCAUAGAAGCUCCCCAACAGUCUUUACCGAGAUUCCAGCACUCGUUGAACACCAUCAAUAUACAACUGUUUCUCCAGCUGGAAAUACAUAUCAAAUUUCUCAAAAUUCUUCAAAUAUGCAUCCUCCAUCUCCGAAAGUAAUCGUAGAAAGCACUUUACCUAUUAUGAAAUCAAAUUUAAAUCCACACAUUGAACAUUCCAGCAUUGCUCCAUCUCAACUUUUAAUUAAUAGACCUCCAUCACCAAAAGUCGUCAUUUAUAACGAAACAACCCCUGAAAUUGAUGAUAAUCCUGAAAUUGAUGAUAAUCCUAAAAGAAAAAACCCUAAAAUUUCUUCUAUAUCAAUGCAAAAUGAUUAUCGACCUGCAUCACCAGAAGUUGUCAUAGAAGUUCCACCUCGUGAUAUAUUAGCUGAAUAUCGUUCUUAUGAGAAAAAGAAGCAAAAGGAAAAGGAUAGAAAUAGGGAAAAAGAAAAAAGUAGAGAAAAGGAGAGAAGUAGGGAUGAAGAAAGAAAUGGCGAGAAUUCGUUGAACAAGUUUAUUAGUUACAUAAGUGCAAUAUUUGAUGCAGAGGACGCAGUAACUUCUGAAUUACCUUUAUCAAAUGAUCAAUUAUCACUUUUAACUCCAUCGAGCAUAAGCUCAAAUGAGCCCUUACUUACUUCAGAAGUUAUUCAUCAGAUUAUAAGGCUUGUAAAUAAAGUGUGCCGUUUUAAUCGGUUAGAAGAUGCUGAUGUUGAUGACUUGGGACGUCUGUUGAAAAUUUUAGAAAGAUCUGUUCGAGAAGUCGAAACUCUGGAUCUAUUUCCACGGGAUUCUGUUACAUCAAGUGGUAUUGGUAGAUCAAAAAAUAAAGUUUCGGAUUCAAUGAGUUCAAUGAGUUUAGAUGAGGAUUCUAUGGAUGAGGAUGAUAAAUGUGUUGACUCGCGAUUACAAAAAUUUGAAGAAAAGCUUAAUAAAAUAAUCAACGGAAUUGAAGCAGCUACCGCUGCAUUUACGAUUAUGACUGGUGGUAAUUUGAGUAAGCAGCUCUAUCCGGAAGAUUUAAUUACGUCGAGUCUUAAUCUUGUAAAAAAUCAACUUGUGGGAGUGAUUUAUCGUAUAUUUGAAAUGAAUUUAUCAGAAGACGCAUUAAACAUUAAACAACAUAAUUUGCCUUUAUUAAUUAUAUUAUUCCAUUCAAUAGGUGAUGGAGAUUCUACCUUACGCCAGACAGCGGGCAUGCUUCCGAUUAUUACAAAUUAUUUACGGAAAUUAUAUGAUUUGAUGCAGAAAGAAGAACUUUCUGACUCUAUUGUUAUUACAGUUAGUUAUAUUGCUAUUGGACCCUUUUUUGUAGACUCUGUAAACAGCAGUAAUUCUAUAUUUGGUAAUGGUUUGGAGGCAGUAAAAUUGGUUGCACUUGGAUUACUGAGAUCUAUAUUCACAAAUUAUCAAAAACAACGCACAUGGAUAUUGGAAGAAAUUCUUACGUCUCUCAUUAAAUUACCUACUACAAAAAGAAAUUUGAGACAAUACAGAUUACCUGAUGGUAAAUCAAUCCAAAUGGUAUCUGCGCUUAUUUUACAACUUAUACAAAGUUGUACAGUAGGCAUAACUCACUUUGGUCUAAAGUCUGUUGAUGAUCAGCAAAGUGAACAGCUUGUUGAAAGUUUAACUAAUGGUACUCCAAAUGAUGUAAAAGAGUGCAGUAACGCGUGGAAAAUGGGAAUAGAUUCUGCUAGCAGCAAUGCUGGCUAUGUUUUCAAAUUCUUGCUUUCAAGGUACACGAAAUCUAUCAAAAAUUCAAAUGAGUCAGAGUAUCAUAUUCUUUUAGAUAAUUUCAUGGAGGAUGUAAUCACUGUAUUGAAUUACCCUGAGUGGCCGGCUGCUGAAAUGAUAGUUCGAAUAUUUAGCAAAAUCAUGAUUGGUUAUAUAAAUGAUAGAAAAGCAGAUAAUUAUACAAAAUCAAUGGCUAUUGACUAUUUAGGAAUCAUAGCUGGACGUAUCAAAAAAUUUGCAAACACAGGCCUCAUCUCUGGUGAAGGUGUAUCAGAAGAGAAUGGGGAAGAGAAUGAUGAUAAUGAUGAUCAGAAUUGGAUUGACAAAAUUAAAGAUAUACCGAAAGGAGAUGCUAUAUUAAUGUUUCUAGAAUUUGGUGCAUUGGAAGAUCCUGGUUGUGCUCGCCAGUUCUAUUUAGCUGAGUGGGGAUAUUCUCUCUCAAACACCUUACUUUCAUUUAACGACAAACAGUCAAAUUUAAUACUGGAAGAUAAAGACAAGGCCUCACUCAUUUCAAUAACAAGGUUGAUUAAUAAGAUUGUUGCUGGAUAUUGGAAAAUGUCAUCUGAAGAUCAGAUUGUACAAAGUCUUGAGCAUAGGACACAGGAAGUAGAACGAUCUGAUGCUCAUCUCAUAACUGAGCUUCUGGCAACUAGACAAGCUCUUUAUCAAAACUUUGAUUCAAUCCUUUCGAGGAUAUUAAUAUCAUUGGAUACAGGUGUUGUUGCCUUUAGGACAAAAGCUUUGAGAGCCUUAGGACAAGUAGUUGUAUGUGAUCCAAGUAUUCUAAGCCAAGUGAAUGUUCGCCAAACAAUUGCUCAAAGAUUUUCCGACAAUUCGCCGGCCGUUCGAGAUGCAGCCAUUGAACUUGUUGGACGUUAUCUCGCACAAAAGCCAGAAAUCACAGAACAAUAUUAUAAAGUCAUAAGUGAUCGCGUAUUGGAUACUGGUCUUAAUGUACGAAAACGUGUAAUAAAAUUACUUAGAGAUAUUUAUCUCAAAAGCUCCGAUCAGGAGAUGAAGAUUGACAUCGGCUGCAAAAUUCUUAUUCGUAUUAAUGAUGACGAUGAUCACGUCAAGGAUUUAGCUCUCAAAACUAUUCAAGAAUUAUGGUUUUCUCCAUUUAAACAUCAAAAGAAUUUUUCUUUCGAGAUGAAUGAUAUUGAAGAUGACGAUAAAUGGCAAAAUGAAUUCAAUAACAUGCCUACUAGUGGUAAAAAAGAUGUUUUAGGAAGAAGCUUAUUAAUAGUAGGGGUUGCGGGACGACUUGGUGAAAGGAAUGGACAUAUCAUGGGUGGACUGUUCAAAAAGAUCUUGGACAAAGAUGGAAAACAGAAACGCGAAGUUCUGAGCAUCUGUCAAUGUCCAUACCUAAAAAGCUCUAGUACGUCGGAAGAUCAAUCUAUAUUGUACUAUGUUUUGAUCAUAUAUCGUAAUGUUCUCCCACUUCUCAAACGACCAAACCCUAAUUUCCUGGCUGAAGUAGAACAGACACUCAUGAGUCUAUUAACUAAAAGUCCUCAAAAGAUUCUUCAAGAAGUUAUACCAUGCCUUUGUGUUAUUGUUGAUAAAUUGACACAUAACUAUACAAGGUUGACAAAACUUUUACGGUCUUGUACUGAAAAACUUAAACUAGAACAAAGGCAAUUAGAAGCAGGAAAAGAACUAUCUUCUGCGCGUAAUGUUAUGGUACUUCUAUUAAUCGUUGGUUUGUUAUGUAAAAAUUUUGAUUUUGACAAGAAGCGAGUAGAGAAGUCAGACGAGAUGAAAGAAUUAGAUACCAUCGAUAAGGGGCCUAUUGUCGCAAUUAUAUUUCAAUUAGUACUAUAUUUCUGCAAAAAAGAUUUAUCAGAAACUGUUCAAAAAAUGGCAUUACAAAGCUUAGGCUUUAUAUAUCUUUCGUAUCCAAUAAUAAUGCUAAGGCCAGAAAGCACUGAUUUAAUGGAUCGUAUAUUAAAUAAUGGUGUGAUGGAUAUGAAAAUUCAAUUGAUGAAAGUAUUUUUAGAUUUUUUAGUUUCUGAACAACAAAAAAUUAACAUGGAUUUGGAAGACAAAAAAAAGAAGAAAAACAACCCCGUAGAUCUUAAAGUCCUAAUAGGUAAUGCUGAUGAAUUCGCAGAAGCUGGCAGCUCUUUGAUGCAAAGAUACCUGGAUCGAAUAUUAGAAUGUACCUUUGAUAAUACACAAAGCUUAAAAAUUGUCGCACUGGAUGUCUUAGGAAAUAUUAUUCAACAAGGGUUGGCACAUCCUGUGCUGUGUAUACCAACUAUUGUUGCGAUGGAAACAAGUCCGGAUCAAAACAUUCGCGAUAAAUCGUUCAAACUACAUCAACAUCUGAAUGAAAAACAUGCUUCUUUAAUACAUUCCAGAAAUGUAGAUUGUGUUAAAAAAGCAUAUGCAUUUCAAAAACAAUUGAUUGGUGAAAAUCCAAUAGUUGGGUAUGCUACACGCUCCCACGAAGGACGGCCUGAGGCCUUACUUAACCCGAUGUAUUCUCUUCUAAAAGAUAAACGGAAGUCACGUAACGAUUUUCUUGUCUCUGUUGUUAAAACUUUUGACUUUGACUUGAAAAAAUGUGAUGAAUCAAAGGUGGACGUUGGCUUUUGCAAAUUCGUUGCAGAAAAUCUAGCCACUAUUGAUUACAAAUCAAUCGAAGAAGUUCUUCACGUGAUUUACUUGAUCAAUCGUGUUUUGUCGGUUGUUGCAAUCAGUGUAUUACAUUCCGUCCAAACCAACUUUCAAGAGAUUGUAGAUAAUGUCCGUGUAUAUAUUGAAAAUAAAAUACCUGAAAAUUUUAUUGAAGAAACCAUUUCGCAAACUAAUGAAAAACUCGACGAGGUCAUUGGUACAAUGGAGAUGUCAUCUAUUGAAGAUUCUUCAAGUCCAAUGGUCAUUGAAAAUGAGACUCAACAAAGUGAUUCAAUGGAAAUACAAUUUAGAGACGAUAAGUCUGCACAAGAUAAUCAAUCCAAUGAGAAAGAAAAUGUUCUACCGCUUUCGUAUGCUGCUAAAGUCUCCGUUUGUAUGGCUAUUCUCAUGUAUUUGAAGGAACAUUUAAAGAAAUCAUUUGCAUUAAGUGAGGCAAAAUGUCAAAAUUUUAACCCAACACAACAUGGUGGAACAAACAAGGAUAAACCCGCAUUACGGCAUCAAAAUGCACCAUUAGUUAUAUCAUGGGAUGGACUACCUUUCGUGGAUAAACCGUUAGAGUUGGAAGAUGAUAUCUGGAAACAAUAUGGUACUAAAGAUUCAGAUGACUUCUGCUAG